UAAUUAGCGCCUAGCUUUUGAGGCGCUUGUGUGUGUGAGAAUGUAGGGUCUAGAACGGGGAAAAAUUGGAGCGCACUGUCUGAUAGAGCGCUCGUCUUCUAGAUUCCACUCGGGCGUCAAAUCGAUUGAAUCGCCUUGAAAAUUCGCGCAAUGUGCGUCGUGGUUCGAGCGUUGGAGCUCCUGCCGGAGAGGUUCUAAGAUUUUCUAAAAGAAGGGGAGGAUGCCGAGCUUAGUAACGGACAAUGCACGUAAGGCGGCCUCUCCGCCCGGCCGCAAAGGUGUCAAAGGGAAAGAAGAGACGAAGAACAAAGCUUCCAACGCUAGCAGCAACGAGGCAAUGAAGAUCAGCGCUGGAAGGAAUUCUCCCGCCGGUAAAAAUUCCACGGCUCCUUCUGACAGUGAAGCAAUUGCGCCUGGUAGUCACGACGAAAACGAGGGCUCUCAGGAACUUAAUGACGUCGUGGAGUCGAGUGCCGAGAAUCCAGCUAUAUCGCCGGAGGAAAGUGAAGCUGUUUCGAGAGAGAACCCAGCGGAAGCCAAGUUUCCCAGCCAGGCGAAAGGUUCGGUGAAUUCUCGUCUUAGAAACUCUCUGGACAAGAAACCGCCGGUUCGAGCAAGUCCUCCGACGCCUCCAAGAAAGCAAAAGUCGCCGAGCAAGCCUUUAACUCGAAAGUCGAUCAAGAGUGAUUCCCCACCAAAGGAACCAAGCAAACAGCUGGAACAGGAGGCCGUCGAAAGUGAUGCUGGUCUGGAUGAACAAGAGACACAGCAGCAGCAUCACCCGAAGCUCGUGAACAGCAACGCUCUGAACCUCCUGAGGCUGGCAAGAGCAAGCCAUAUCGCCGGGGACAAUCCGCUCAAAGCUAUAGAUUACGCGUCUCGAGCCGCGACUUUGUUCGAGAAAGAAGAUGGCGAGGUGGCCAACUUGGAGCUGGUGCUAUGUCUACACAUUGUAGCUGCGGGGUAUUGCCGGCUCGGUCGUUACGACGAAGCGAUCAAGGUGCUGGAGAGCUCCUUGCUCAUUCCCAGCGUAGAUCAGGGGUCGGAGCACGCACUGGCUGUUUUCGCCGGGCAUAUGCAGCUUGGUGAUACGCUUUCCCUCGUAGGAAAGCACGAAAUGGCUCUGGCUUCCUAUCACAACGCAUUGGACGUGCAAAAGCAGGUGCUUGGAGACAUGGAUCCACGAGUUGCAGAGACUUGCCGAUACUUAUCAGAAGCUCAUCUUCAGGUGAUGCAAUUUGACGAAGCUCAACAGCUUUGCAAGCACGUCCUUGACAUACACAGCCAACACAGCCCUGCCGGUUCAGUGGACGAAGCCAUAGACAGAAAGCUCAUGGCAUUAAUACACGCAGGGAAAGGUGAACACGAGAUGGCUUUAGAGCAUUUGGUACUGGCAAGCACAACGUUGAGCUGUAAUGGCCAGGAUCUGGACGUUGCCUCAGUCGACUGCAGCAUUGGAGAGGCUUAUUUUGCUCUUGGUCGCUACGACGAGGCGGUUUUCUCGUACCAGAAAGCUCUCACAAUUCUGAAGUCGGCCAAGGGAGACUCCCAUACUGCUGUUGCCGCUGUUUACGUGAGCCUCGCGGACCUCUACCUAAAGACAGGAAGACAACGGGAAGCCAAGACUUACUGCGAGAAUGCAUUGAAGAUUUUCGGGAAGAACAACGCCGGGCAUGAACUUUCAAGUGGUUUGGUCGAGGUUGCGGGUGUUUACGAAGCUAUGGGAGAACGCGAGCAGGCAUUGUCGCUACUGAAGAGAGCACUGGACAUCUUACAGCUUGCUCCCGGGGAGCAAAGUGCUGCCGCAGGCGUGGAGGCACAGAUGGGAGUUCUCCUCUACGUAAUGGGAAAAUUCUCGGAGGCAUACACUGCUUUCAACAGCGCUAUACUAAAGCUCAAGUUCGGGACGGACAGAGAGACGACAUUCCUGGGCGUCCUGUUUAAUCAGCUGGCCCUGGCAAGCGUGGAACUUCAGCAGCUCGACAAUGCGGUGAAGCACUUCGAAGAAGCAAAGAGAAUACUGGAGAAAGCUGUUGGACCUCAUCACGCGGAGACACUGGCGGUGUCUAGCAAUCUCGCUGGGUGUUACGACGCUCUUGGAAGAGUUAACGAUGCAAUCGCUCUUCUGGAAAACGUUGUGGAAAUCAAAGAAGAGCUCCUGGGAACUGUUCAUCCGGAUGUAGCACGAGACCGGGAGAGGCUAUUGGCAUUGCUCAAAGGCGUGGGAAGGAGCCGAGCACGAAAAACAAGCACGCUGGAAGAGCUCUUGCUACUUCCAAAUCCCGAGGCAGCCAUCACUUAAGAGGACGAAAGCUUUCUUUCCUCUCUUGUAAAGUAUUUUUUUUACCUCUCGUGCGUGGUUUUGGUUCUAUAGCAUUCUUUGUGUUGGCGAGCUAUAUUGUGGCUUGGUACUCUCUACUAUAUACUUGAUCGACUCAUCAAGGUACUUCAAAAUUC